AUGGCUUUUUCUUUUCGCCACACCUACUUAUUUCAGAAAAAUUACGACAGGCGAAUUAAUUAUGUGACUUCACUAAUCACAUAUUCUUUCUUAAUUAGGAUACAUCAAAAUGAAGAAAAACCCCAAAGCACACUCCGAGGGGGGAAAUUGUAUCCUGAGCAAAGCUGUGGGGUUGUACAAGAAGAUCUAGAAGCCUAUUAUUCUGCUACUCCCAAAGAUGACACAUUACUCAAUGAUAUUCCAAAAGUGGACAAAAUAACUCAAGAGACUGCAACAUGCUUUGAAACCAUUGUAAAGGCAGUGGAGCAAAAUGGAAUGAAAAAUGAAAAAAAUGCUUAUGUAGAUAGCCAUCCCGAGAUCACAGUUCUAGAAGAAUAUAUUUCUUUUGUGUGCCCAGUUUUAUCUACUGAACCUCUUACUAGUGAACUAUCAGAGGAGCUGCCAGUAAACCCUGUUCAGUCACAGUCCACUCUGCUUUGCCAAUCUGAGUCAAUUGAUUUAGAUCAUGAGCAGUCCGUCACAGGUGCAGAACAAGAAAUUCUUCCAGAGGGCCCUGUUUCUAAUACUGAACCUGACACAAGUGGAUUAGCAGAGGAGCUACCAGUAAACCCUGAUCCAUUCCAGUUUACUUUAGUUUCUCAUGAGGCUACAAAUCUAGCAUCUAAGCAGUCAAUCACAGGACUAGAAGAGGAUAUUCCUCUAGAGUGCCCACUUCAUCCUACCCAGUCUUUGACUAAGGAAUUGUCCCAGGAAUUGCCAGUAAAUUCUACCAGUCUGGUUUAUCACACUGAACCUUAUUUUGAUUCCACCAAUUUUUUAGCAGGUGAAGUGCUUAUAACAAAUAAAAAGGGACCCACUGGGCAGAGGUAUACUGAAAAUAAAGUUAUCCAGCCUGAAGUACAUGUGAGCUCUGUCAUUAAACCUGAAGAGCAAUCUGUGCCAGUUAUUAAGCCUGCUCAGGAAAAAGAAGGUGAACCACCUGCUAAAACUAAUGUAUACCCAGAGCAGACCACAGAGAGCCAAGCGCAAACUGCUGAGGCUGUACCUCAAACAAACCCAAAUAUCAAAAUAGGACAAAUAGCAAGGAUAUGCUACAGCCGUAACUUUCUGCUCAGUUUUCGGAUUAUAAAACAGAAGCCACCUAGCCUUCCAGAUAUACCUGACAUACAACUACAUAUGACUAAGAAAACCCAACUGCAACCAGUGGAUUCGUCACAACAGGCUAGUUGCAAUGUUUCACACCCAACUGCAAGAUUAUGCCGCCCUGCUAGGGCUAAACCUAGAUUUCUGGAUGGACUGGGUCCAAGAAGGUCCCAGCAAGAACCUUGCAAAAUAAUAGCAUUAAAUCAGAACAUUCACCUACGUAAAGCUGAAAAUGCUUGGAAACCGGCUAUGAGAAGAACGAAUGAAAAUGCCACUAGUGUCCAAGCUCAGGAAUUGUUCUGCAAAGUGCGUGGUAUCCUGAAUAAGGUGACUCCUGAGACAUUUCAACAACUAACCAGCCAAGUGGCAGACCUCUCUGUACACACAGAAUAUCAGCUCAAAGGUGUCAUUGAACUACUAUUUGAAAAAUCAAUAUCUGAACCAAAUUAUUCAUCUAUAUAUGCCAACAUGUGCCACUGUCUAAUGAGGCUGGAAGUUCCAACAGAAAGAAAUCCUAAAAUCUGCAUUAACUUCCGCAGGCUGCUGCUAAAUCUUUGCCAGGAGGAGUUUGAAAAAGGUGAAGAUGGUGACGAGCGAAUUCAAAAACUUCAGACGACACUGGAAACGGCUACAUCACCUACAGAAAAGGCUCAAGUAAAGGAGGAAUUGACCAACGCUCGUAAUAAAGCACGCAAGCGCGCUCUAGGGAACAUCACAUUGAUAGGGGAACUAUUUAAACUGAAAAUGCUCUCAAAAAACAUCAUACAUGAUUGCCUUACCAAACUUCUGAAUAGGCAAAGUGAGGAAUCAAUGGAGAGCUUCUGUCGUUUGCUAACAUCAGUUGGAAAACACAUGGAACAUGGACUGCCUCGUAUGGAUGACCAUUUUAGCAGUAUUGAUAAACUCAUCAAAAGCAGGAAAACAUCUCCCCGAAUUAGAUUCAUGAUGCAAGAUGUAGUGGAUUUGAGGAUUAACAACUGGGUGCCUCGCCGUGAAAAUCUGGGUCCAAAAACAAUAGCUCAGAUUCAUAAAGAAGUAGAAUUGGAUAGACAGAAACAUGCAGAGAAACAAUAA